AUGCCUUCUAUGCUCGGUCUCACCACGGACAAGUCCCCGCACGGACUGAACAGCAAAGAGCCCUUCAUGGGCGAACAGAACCACGACAAUGAUGACAUGGGCAAGCAGCUUGCCCGACGCGCCGGCGACUCUCUCACCAAGGCCUACAAUGGCAAGAAGGACAAGAAGGACAAGAAGAAGUCCAGUCGCCGAAAGCACUCACGCCGCGACAGCGGUCACGGCGACAGCGAGGACGACUCUGACAAUGACGUCAAUGUUUCUCGGAAGCGAGAGGAGCGCAUCCGACAGCAUGAGGAGGACGACGAGGAAGAGGGUGACCGCCCCAACACCAUCAAGGAGCGCAACUUCAAGGCCGCCAUGGAGGGCGAGACGCUCUUCUGGCGCGCUCUCUGCGACAAGCCUUCCAGCGCCUUCAAGUACAUGGGCAAGGAUGCCGUCGUGUCCAACUACCUCCUCUUCGGUGACAAGAACCCCAGAGGUCCCAAGACGGAGCCCACUCUAGAGGAGGCCCUCGAGGACUGCGAGGGACCUCUGAGCUACAGGAUACAUAAGUCGUACACUGUUGAAAUUGGUCUCAUGGCUGUCGCCGUUGUCUACGACGUCACUCUUUACCGCAGCCAUGGGCCGCCGGCGCGUGACGGUACCGUCAAGAUGAAGGUACAGCAGGCCACGGUGACGAGCACGUGGAGGCAGGUUGCCAGCGGCGACUAUGUUCUGGCCUCAUCCAUGUGCGGUUGA